AUGGACAAUCAAGCUUUGGAAAUUGAUGAACCACAAGAGCGUACUACAAUUCCUACUCGUACCGCUCGAGUAACUCGACAAGAUUCAACGGUUAGUCUUUGGGCUACUGUGGAUAAAUCUUGUCUUGAUCAAGAUGUUCAUAUUAUUCCAUUGGAAGAAGUUUUCAGUCGAUAUCAUACAGAUCCUCGUAAUGGUUUAACCAGUGAUCAUGUCCAUGAUGCUCGUGCUCAAUAUGGUGACAAUAAACUCACACCACCUAAACAACCAUCUUAUAUCUUAUUAUUACUUAAAGAAUUAUUUAUGGGUUUCAAUAUAAUUCUUUGGUUUGCUGGCAUUUUAGCUUUUUUAGCUUAUAAACCAUUUGGUGAACCUGCUCCAUCAAUAUCUAAUUUAGCAUUAGGUGUAGUACUGAUACUUGUUAUUACUUGUAAUUCAAUUCUUAAUGUUUAUCAACAACUUAAAUCAAUCAAAAUUGUUUCCGCAUUUUCUAAAUUAUUACCAACAUUAGCAACGGUUCGUCGAGAUGGAAGAGAACAACAAAUUAUUACAAAUGAAAUUGUUCCAGGCGAUAUUAUUCUCGUUCGAAUGGGUGAUAAAUUACCUGCUGAUUGUCGUUUUAUUUCAUGUGAUGGAUUAAAAGUAAAUACAUCAGAAUUAACUGGUGAAUCAAAACCAGUCUCAAUAACAGUUCGAUGUAGUAGUGAAACUUUUAUGGAAACAACAAAUAUGGGAUUUUAUUCAAUAAUGGUUGAACAAGGAAUAGGUGAAGCAGUUGUAAUUGCUACUGGUGAUAGUACAGUAUUAGGUAAAAUGUCAAAAUUAACUCGAGGAAGUUCAGGUGAUGACAUUACCGGUUUACAUCGUGAAGUAAAUCGAUUUGUUUUAUUUGUUUGUGCUUGCACAUUAAUUGGUAUUGUUAUUUUGUGGAUAACAUGGGCAGCAUGGUUAAAUCAAGAUCAUCAUACAUUUCUAUCAUACGAUGCUAAUAUUGUGAAUUCUAUUGGAAUGAUUGUUGGAUUUCUACCUGUAGGUUUACCAUCUGCUGUUACACUUGUAUUGACAAUUGUUGCUAAACAAAUGUAUCGACAACGUGUGUUAGUAAAAAGUUUACAAAUUGUUGAAACAUUCAAUUCUGUUUCCGUAAUUGCUACUGAUAAAACUGGCACAUUAACGCAAAAUAAAAUGACUAUUACUCAUUUAUUAUGGGAUACUGAUGGUAUUUAUAAAGUACCAUUGCCUAAACAAGAACCUUCUCAAGAAGAGACAAUUCUUCAAAGAAUUCGUCGACUUUCAACAGAUGUUAUUGAAACUGCUCGUCGUUUAUCUAUUAGUACAGCAACAAUGGUACGAAAACUUUCAUCAGCAAGUAUUAAUCAACCACAAGACAUAACAUCUUUAAAUGAUGAUAAUGGAAAAAAUAAUAUACCAGACAAAGCAAGUGAAGUUAAAAUUGAAGCAUUUCGUGAUUUAUUACUUGGUGCAGCACUUUGUAAUAAUGCUGAAAAACAAAUGGUACAAGAUGCACAAAUUGGUCAAGAUGUAUCAAAAAUGAAAUCUGAAUUAAGUGUCGUUGGUGAUGCAGCUGAUACAGCUCUAUAUAAUCUUUGUGUUGAUCGAUGUUUUGUUGAUAUUGAUAAAGUACGUAAAGUUAAUCCACGUUUAAAAGCAUUACCAUUUAAUUCAACAAAUAAAUUUAUGAUCACAGCUAAUCAACUUGAAACAUUAGAUAGUUCAUUAUCAAAUAAAAAUCGAAUUAUUUUAUUAACAUUAAAAGGUGCACCGGAUAUUGUUAUUCAACGAUGUUCAACUUAUAAAAUGAAUGACGAUAAUAUUGCAACAUUAGAUAAUAAUAUGAAGAAAACAUUAUUUGAUCGUCAAGAAGAAUUAGGUAAAAGUGGUUAUCGUGUAAUUGCAAUGUGUCAACAAAGAUUUACUCGUCAAGAAUAUGAUGAUAUGAUGGAAAACUAUAAAAACAAAAAACGAUCCAGUUCAUCUCAAGAAGGUGAAGAUUUAAAUGGAUUUCCAUCAAAUGAUUAUUGUUUCAUUGGUCUUUUUUCAUUACUUGAUCCACCACGUCCUGAAGUACCUGGUGCUGUUAUUAAAGCUCGUCGAGCUCAAAUACGUGUUGCAAUGGUUACUGGUGAUCAUCCAACAACAGCAAGAGCUAUUGCAAAACAAGUUAAUAUUCUCACUCCUGAAAUUGCUGAUAUGAAUGGUAUUGAUACAUUUAAAUUAGAAAAAGAUGCAAAUGGAAAAUUAAUACUUAAUCUUUAUCGAAAUGAUAAAUUAAUUGAACAACAUGAACCAGGUACAGUUAAACGAACAGAUUCACUUUCAAAAAAUGCCAAAGAUAUGGUUAGAAGAGCAUCGAUUGCAUCUGGUGAAUUAGUACCAAAAAUACCACCAUGGUAUAAACGUGCAUGGUUGUCAAUUCGAAGACAAUUUUCCGAACCAGAAACUGAUGUUGAACCAACACAAAAAAUGGCCUAUAUUCCAUAUGGUAUUGUUGUUGCUGGUGCUGAAAUAAAUUAUAUGGAUGAUUUUAUGUGGGAUUGGGUAUUAUCACAUCAAGAACUUGUUUUUGCUCGUACAUCACCGGAACAGAAACUUCGUAUUGUAACAGAAUUUCAACGACGAGCAGAAAUUGUAGCUGUAACAGGUGAUGGUACAAAUGAUGCACCAGCAUUAAAAUGUGCUAAUCUUGGUGUUGCAAUGCAAUCAGGUACAGAAGUAUCAAAAGAAGCUGGUGAUAUGAUAUUAUUGGAUAAUAAUUUUGCAUCAAUUAUUCAAGCUAUUGAAACAGGUCGUUUAUUAAGUGAUAAUUUAAAAAAAGUUUCGGUUUAUCUUUUACCUGGUGGUUCUUGGUCACAAAUUUGGCCUGUAUUUUUUAAUUUAUGGUUUGGUAUGCCUUUAGCUUUAACUGCUUUCUUAGCUACAAUCUUCUGUAUGAUUAACGAUGUUUUUAUGUCACUUGCUAUGGUUACAGAAAAACCUGAACGUGAUAUUAUGUCUCGUCCACCAGUAAUUCGUUCAAAAGAUCAUUUAUUGAAUUGGAAAUUACUUCUUCAUGCUUAUAUGUUUGUUGGUAAUUUAGAAUGUUUUACAGGUUUCUUUUGUUUUUGUUAUUAUUGGAUUGAUAUGGGUGUUCCAUUCUAUUCAUUUAUGUUUACAUUUGAAAACUUUGGAAAUGAUAUUACUCUAUAUUCCCAAGAUCAAUUAACAGCAAUGACAGGUUCAGCUCAAUGCGUAUAUUAUUGUUCAGUUUGUUUAUUUCAAUUUUUUAAUUAUUUUGCAACACGUACUCGCUAUACAUCGAUUAUUGAACAUAAUCCAUUAUGGGGUAAAGGUCAAAAUUUGUAUGUGUUUGGCGCAAUGAUUAUAUCAGCUGGUAUUCAAGUACUUAUAACACAAGUAGCAUGGUUUAAUACUGUUUUCGGUACUGGUUCUUUCCCUGUCAAAUAUGUAAUGCCAGCAUUAGGAUUUGGUAUGUUAUGGUUAAUAAUUGAUGAAUUAAGAAAAUUAUGUAUACGAAAAUUUCCACGUGGUUUUAUAGCAAAAAUUGCAUGGUGA